UUUGCAUCCCGUUGUCUCUGAUUGGCUGAGGCGAGUCCAUUUAAACAGUUGAAUCCUUACAAGAGCGUUUAGAUGAGUGUUUACUGUUCAGAGAAAGUGUUGAUGGAUUAAUCUCGUUUGAGGUUUUAUAGAGCAGUCCGUGUGGCGCAUUUUAAGGGUCAUUUCUGAGGAUGGCUCCCUGGUUUGUGAUGCUGUGGCUGUUAAGUAUGCAGUAUGGUGAGGUGGAUGCUUUCUUUGACUGGCUGAAGAAGCCAGAACCUGCUCCUGCUCCUGCUCCUCCACCAGAGCCGGUUGCAUCUAUUCUGCUCCAGGGAGAGACCCCUGCCUUUGAAAUGAGUGUUGUUGAUGAGAAGUUUUUGGCGGAAGCAAAGCAGAUGGAGCUCAGUCCUCUGGACAGCUGCCAUUUCCGGGUUGUUGCUCAGCUCAAAGCUACUUGCAGCGGCCUGUCAGAAGAGCAGUUGGCCAAACUGGGUGUUGCUUUGUUCAACUGCCAAUCAGAGGUGGAGGGUCGCAGGACUUACCUUUGCACUGAAGAAAUGUCUAUAAAAGAGUGCACAGCGGACAUGGACUCAGACACGUGGAAUGCAUAUCACAUUGUCAGCAACCGAGCGCGCGCCGUGUGUUAUGCCACGCGCCAGCAGCACUUUCGUAAGCGAGCGGAGCUGACCGUUAACGCCUUGAUUUCCACCGCAACUAGUCAACUGGAUGCUAUGAAAGACCUAAAGGAGGGUCAGAACGAGCUGAGGGAGAUGACCGCUGCCUCACUGGACAAGCUGCUGGAGGGUCACAGUGCCCUACAGCUCCAGCAGGGGGCACUAAAGGAAGGGCAGGAGCAGCUAGAUGCUUCUAUCAGUGAAAAUCUGGAGAGAUUGGCACAGGAGAAGGCUCUCAUCAGCACCGGGCAGCAGCUGGUGGCUCAAUUAAUCCAGGGCAUCACACAGAGAAUGGAGAAUGUAAGUGGGCAGCUGAAGGAUCAGACUGCAGAAGUGCAGGAAGGACAUCAGGCGAUUCUUGAUGACCUGGCUGUGGUCCGAGGAAGUGCUCAGGACAUCUACCAUAAAAUGGAGCUCAAUCUGAACGGCUUCCUCCAGCAGCAGAACGCUACGGCUCACUUCUACUCUGAGCUCACCAGUAAGCUGGAGCGUAUGAACGGAACUCUGGGAUACAUGCUGACGUAUUUGGACAAUAUGCAGAAUCGACUGGAGGACAGACUGCAUAUGAUCCAGGGCUAUCUUGGCUGGGCAGGCCUGAGCCUGCGUGCUCUGUGGACGUGUGUGAUGCACGCUGGGUACUUCCUGUUGUGUGCGGUGCUGCUGUCGUUCCUGCAGUGUGCGACGUUCUCCCGCAUCUCUCUGCUCCUCACCGUACCGAUCAAUGCCAUUGCAGAGAUCAACCAGCAGUCUGCGCUGGACUUGGUCUCGCUCACUUUGCUGUUGUUCACACUAUCAUUAGGUCGCUGGUUUGUGCUUCAGGUGCUUUGGGCGUUGUCUAAAAUGAAGGGCCAGACCUGCAGCCCUCCUCCUCCCCUCCUUAUGGGCCCCACUGAAGAGAAGACCCCAGAGAAAGAGAGCCAGUCGACGGAGCGCUGCCCGGCGUCCUCGUCCACUCCUGUCCCAAAUGACCUAGACUGCGAUUUGGAGGUGGAGAGCUUCAUGAUUGGUGAUCCAUGCAUCCUGGCCAUGUCUCCAUCUCAGUCUCAUGGACCUCCAAAGUUCAGUCAUCUAACAGGAACACCCAACCAUUCAACCCCCAGACUCAAGAAUCGCCACAGCAUUGCAGGGCAGGCAGUGCUGGAGAAUGUUCCUCAGAGGAACCUAGGAGGAGUGUUGGAGACCAUGAAUCACUCACGAAGCUCAAGCCCCAACCAUUCACUUGCCAGCAACAGUUCUUUUUCAGGUCGCUCACUGUGCAGCGGUGUCACUCGGCUGGGUCAGCCGUGCAAAAAGAGGGCUGUGGUGGGUCAGGACUACUGUAGGGUACAUGAAGGUGGCCACACCUCCUACAGUCGACUCUAAAAUGGAUUCCACAACUUUAUAACUGACUUCUUUCUUCAGAAGGAUUUGAAGAAUCUACUUUGCACUUUUCUCUUUACUUCUUAACUAUUUAAUCGGACUAGUUCGUUUGUUUUUGGUCAUGGUGGAUUUUAUUACAUGUAUGUUGUAGUGGCACUUUUAGAUGUAUUCUGCAUUAUUUAUAAUAAAUUAUGAAAAAUAAAAUUGCAAUGCACGCUUUUUACUACAAUUUGCAAGUACUGCUAGAUUUCAGCGUGCUAUUUGCAAAUGCAUGAUGUCCUACAAGCCUUUAUUAAAGCCUUUUUGGGAGAAAUGUU